AUGGCUAUUCAAAAAUCAAACAAGUAUCGUCGCGUAAAAGGCCCAAUAGAAAUUAGUCAAUUAUUCAAUGAAUUACCAGUCUUAGACUCAACACACAUCAAUGCAGCUUUUGAAAUUUUUGAAAAUGAAUCCAGUGGAAUAAUCUUUUUCAUAGGAAAAUCAUGGUAUCACUUCGCUUCAAGUAAUGUAGCUCAAUUGAAUCGUAGAUACACACUGAGUGAUGUAGGUCUACCAACUUCUUUAGAGAGAAUCGAUGCAGUGCUGAGAAUUGAUAGCCCAAAUGUAAAGGCAAUAUACUUUUUCAGUGGAAUGGACUUUUGGGAAUUCGAUGAGAAUACGCGCAAAGUCAAAAUGAUUCAGCCGCAGAAUAUUAAUACACAUUGGCAGGGAAUUUCACGUGUAAAUGAAGCAUUCCAAGACAAAAAUCGAAUGAUAUAUUUUUUGAAAGAAAAUAUGUUCAUUGAAUUUGAUAGUGCGGGGAAGCGUACGACGAAGAAAAAGCCAAUUUCGAUCAGACGAUGGGCUGACGGAUGUCCCAAAGAGUCAAUACCAAACUCGAAUAAAGUUGAAGAAACUACAAAAGACAACCAAAGAAAAAUACCAAAUGAUGUUGCAAAUACGCAAGAUGAACGAAAAAAUCAACAAGAGCAACAGGACAAAAACACCACAACAACUAUCCCGAAUAAUAGUUCUUUGGAAAUCGCAACAAACAACAAAAUUCUUCUAUUGCAUUUGAUCACUUUAACUCUAUUGAAUCUAUGCCAUAACGUAUUGUAGAUUAAAUAGAACCGACUGAGCAAAGCGGACACAUAACUGUAAUAGAUAAAAAAAUCAAUAAACUUUAAAAUUUACUGUAGUCAUUGUGUACUUAUUUUGGAUUUAAAUUCAUCUGCGUACAGUGGAACGCACUUUUGAUUGCGAGUAAUUAAAAUAGCAAAUAAAAAAACUUCUUUCGAAGUAUUUGUCAUCGAAUAAAAAAUAAAAAGAAUUACAGUCAUGGACAGGAUUGUUUAUACGCCUAUAAAUUUUAGGUUUUCUUUUUUUCUAUAAAUGUUUUUUCUCAAAUGUCAUAUAUCAAUAGAAAGUUCAAUAAAAAUU